UGGACGGGAGGGCUGGACAACACCGUCCGCUGCUGGGACCUCCGAGAGGGACGGCAGCUCCAGCAACACGACUUCACCUCGCAGAUCUUCUCUCUGGGCUACUGUCCGACAGGCGAGUGGCUGGCUGUGGGAAUGGAGAGCAGUAACGUGGAAGUCCUGCAUGUCUCCAAACCUGACAAGUACCAGCUGCACCUCCAUGAGAGCUGCGUUCUUUCUCUCAAGUUUGCCUACUGUGGUAAAUGGUUUGUGAGCACAGGCAAAGAUAACCUUCUGAAUGCAUGGCGGACACCAUAUGGAUCCAGCAUAUUCCAGUCUAAGGAGUCUUCGUCAGUUCUCAGCUGUGAUAUCUCCCCUGACGACCAGUUCAUCGUCACUGGCUCUGGGGACAAGAAGGCCACAGUCUACGAAGUAAUCUACUGAGCUCCGAUUGGCUGAAAAAAACAACUAAUAAUCAGGGGGCGGGGCCAAGGCUCCCUCCUGCACCAAUGACUGUACAGAGCGUCGGUGGCAUGGGAAACAAGAGACACUCAACUUGUACUUUGUUGUUUUGUUUACGUUUGUGAAAGAAAUGAGAAAGAGAAGCAAGGGGGCACAAAGUCACAUCUCUGGAAAAAAAACGAACUUUGAACUUUGUUUUUAAUGCUCUGAGAACGCUGGUUAGUCUAUAGCUGCGCAAUUGUCGGAUUCCUCCAAAGAACUUUCGCUUUUGUUCCUUUUUGUUCCUUUUUUUUAAAAAAAUAAAACCUCUGUAGUGAACAAGAAAUUAGCAAAAAAAAAAAAACAACUUAUUUUUUUAGCCUUUUGAAUUUUUCGCGAUCCGUUGGACAGCAUCGAGUGGAAAAAGACAUGGGACUGAGGAAGUGAGGGAAGGGUUUAGGGGGUGCUGGGAAAUCUUAAUGGAAAAAUAUGCUCCAUAUUCUGUGCUGUGUAAAAAAAAAAGUCCCAGCCUGGGUCAGCUGGUCCAGUUUGGCCUUGUCUGGUCCAGCUCCGUGGCUGCUCCUCGGGGCAGCAGAUGCAUGGCAGGAUGGGGUGCUGUGAGGUUCCAGCUAUUUUUUUUUUUUUCCUCCUGGCUAAGUUUCAGCAGCAACAUGAUUGUAUCAUCUCCAGAAUAUACAGAACAGAACAGGGCUCGGUUUUCUCCAAAGUGUCCUAAGAGUUUGUCUUUGUUCCUUCUUUUUUUCUUUAUAAAAGAACAAAUCCAGACUUAUUGUGGAGAUGUUUUUGGGGGAAACCACCCUGGAACAGAAAACCAUGACACCCCCCCCCCCCCCCCCCCCCCAGGACAGAAAACUGCAGUCGGCUCAAACCGCUCACAGCAGGCACUCUCCAAGCUUUCGGGAUGUUGCCUCCGAUACGUCAACGUCAUCCUUGACACUCAACAUUAAAUGUUUUUGUUUUUUUUAAUUAUAUUCAUUAGGGCACAUAUAGGCAGACAGGUAUUUUCACAACUGCAUCAUGAACCUUGAACCUUGCUAUAUAUGGACAUGUAAAUAAAGUUCUCUAAAGGCAAACAUGUUAUCUGUGACUUGGAUCUGCUUCAAGAAGACUGCUGGGAGUGUGGGGCAUCUCUCAAACACACAUGCAGUUGUUGUCUGAGAUCUGCAUUGGGUCAUUUGUGUUUUUUUGUCUUUCAUGAGCAUCUUCUCGCAGAGAAAAACGGAUUGAAACAGCUCCGUAAGGAUCAGUGCAGGUGUGAAAGGUAACAAUGGUGUGCGUGUGCGUGUGCGUGCUGCUGGCUAUCAAAAUGUUUUUCAGCUGCAGAACCAAGACUGAUUCUUGCCGGGUUAAACUUGAAUGUUUAAAACAAACACAAGUCAAAAGAAGCAUCUUUGUUUAAACCCCAACAGUCAGAAAUGCGUCUGCUCGCUGUGAGGUGCCAGAAAAAUGCAGCCGUACAGUUGUGUUGUGUUUUUAUGCUGAGCUAGCUCGCAGUGUGGGGAGACAGGUGAUCUGCUGUACAAUAGGCUGAGGAAUGGAUUAUUCUAGCAAUAAUACCCAAGAGGGAGUUCAAAAGUGAUUAUGUGUGUAGUGGUGACUGUCCUGCCAAGACAAAAAGCUUUAAGAGAGAAUAAACCUGAGUAAAGCGUGUUUUCUCCUUCCUAAAGUAAAGGAUUGCUGGCACACAUUGCUGUGUGCAAUGUGUGCUGUGUGUUGAUGUAAAAUCAAAACUGCGGUUUUGGCCUUUUUUAAAUGCUGCUGAUAAUAGCCAUGAAGAGGGCGUGUGCACAAUGAAUUACUAAUGAAUGAGACUGAAUAAAGAAACAGCGCAUCGCUAGCCGGCUCAGUGCUUUGGUUAUAUCGCUGGGCUGAAGAGUCAUAUCGGUAUCUAUAUUAAUGAAUGUAUACAGAAGGAUUCACAAAUGGGUUUUGUAAUCUUCAUAUAAAUGACACUACACAAAAAUGUUUUUUAAUGCACACAAUGUUAUGGCACAAAUGUAACUGUUCAAGCAGUAUUUGACAGUGAACUUUAAACUAAAAGGUAAUAAUUCAACUUUGGUGAGCUUCAGGGAGGUGAUGUAAUGUAGGUGCUCCCGCUUAACAAAUACCCAUCAUGGCAUGUGCACAUUAAUACGGGAUAGAGACCAGGGACAUAUAAAUUAUGCCUACUCACAAAAACCCAUAAAAUGUCUAAGUAAACUGGUAUUUCUAACCUUGUAGAAAAACCUUGUUUAUUUAAGUUGUUUGCCAAUUUCAAUUAUCAAUUAUUUUCUUCUAUUCAUUACUUUUCAUUUUUUGUUUGUGCCAAAAGUGUCAUAAUAUAGUAUGCCAUGAAAAAAUGACAUAACUCAUUAAAAUGUUAGUAUAGUAUUACAUGUCACGAAAAACUUAUUGUACAGUAUAAUGUAUAAAGUUAAAAAUACCAUACAACAGUAUGCCAUAAAAAAUGGUGUCAUAAAAAAGUUAUACUAUAGUAUGACACAGAAAUGUUAUCGUAUAGUAUGCCAUAGUCAGAGUAUAAUUUGUCAUAAAAGUGUCAAAAAUAUGUUAUAGCAAAGACUGUGACAAAAAUGCAAUAGCACACUAAUGCCAUAAAAAUGUAAAAUAAAUCACAGUAGGCCUAUAGCAUGCCAUAAAACCUUUUAAAAAGUCAUAGAAUAGUUUGCCAUAGAAAAUGCCAUAACAUUUUUAUAGUAUUGUAUUCCAUAAAAAGCAUUGUGUGUCAUACAAAAUGUCAGAAAAAUGUCAUGGUAUAGUGUCAGUAUAGUAUGUCAAAGAAAGUCAUAGUAUGAU